AUGAAGCCACUUUCAUUUGACACCUUCUUAACUCCAUCUAAGUUGGCUAUUCACAAGGACUCCCACACUAUAAACAAAUUGAAGCCAAAAAUUCGCAUAAUUCACAUUGUUGCACCAGAAAUCAUAAAAACUGAUGCCGAAAAUUUUCGGGAGCUUGUACAAAGACUUACAGGCAAACCUACUGCAGAAGUUAAAGAUACUACAAAGGAGAAGCGUGAAGUUAAAGGAAGUACAAAGAAGGAAAGUAAUGUUCAGUCGAAAUCGUUGCACAGUUGCUGCAGCCAGCCAAAGAAGAACAUGGAAUCAGCUGAAGGUAUUAUAAACGAGAGUGAAGGAGAAAUAUAUGGGGACUUUCCAGAUGGAUUUUUGAAGUUUCUUGAAGAUGUUGAUGACUUUUUCGAUAAUGAAGAGGAGAGUAAAAUUUCCUAUACCUCAGUUUAA